CAGCAACUCAGCAACGCCAGGAUCUCACGGCCAAGCUUGAGGCAUGCUUCAUUGCUUCCCUAAGGCCGAAUUCAUUCCACGUCUACUCAGCAUUUACCUGUGUUAUCUCUAUGGAGCCUCUAGACAAUAACGAAGUCGGGAAAGAUUUUCCACAAGUCGAUUUAGGAUACUCAGUUUACCAAGCUUCUGGUUACGAUGAGGCUGGAGAUUUCUUCACUUUCAACAAUAUCAGGUAUGCAGCACCUCCAACAGGUGCUCGGCGCUUCCAGACACCCGAACCACCACUGGUGAAUCGAGACGUCGUCCAGACAGGUCUGUCGGGCAACUUUCCGCCCCAAGCUGUCCCUUUAUGGCGAAGAGUUAUCAAAGAAUGGCCAAAUCCAGGCAGUGAAGAUUGUUUGUUUCUGGAUGUCAAAGUGCCCCGCGCCACCUGGGACGGACGAGACACUCAGGUAAAGGGCGUGCCGGUGAUGGUUUGGAUCUUUGGAGGUGGCUACACUGCCGGUUCAAAGGAGGCAUUCGGCAGCGGAGCUGGCCUUCUGGCCAGGUCUGCAGAACCCAUCAUCUAUGUUGCACUGAACUACCGACUUGGAAUAUAUGGAUUCCUGGCAGGACCAAAAUAUACAGGGCAUGGAGGUACAGCAAAUCUAGGCCUCUUGGACCAGCGUUUUGCCCUGCAAUGGAUUCAGAAACAUAUCUCUGCCUUUGGUGGCGAUCCUGACCGAGUCACUGUGAUAGGUGAAUCAGCUGGCGGAGGAUCGAUCUAUCAUCAAGUCACAGCCUAUGGUGGCCAGAAAGGCCAGUCACCCUUUGCCCAAGCCAUCUUACAAAGCCCAGGGUUCUAUCCCAUCACCGAUUCUGAAGUGAUGGACCGUCACUACCAGUCAGCUUUGACGUACGCGAAUUGUGACUGCCUGGAUGAUUUGAAGCUCUUGUCGGAAGCGAAACUAAAGGAGGUGAACCUUGCCGUCAUCGACGAAGCGCCGUAUGGCCAAUUUUUGCUCGGACCGGUUGUCGACGGCGUGUUCGCGCCCAAUCUACCAGGCACGCUUCUCUCGUCAGGCUCCUUCGACCACGGUCUCAGAAUAAUGCUCGGUCAAUGUUACAACGAAGGUGGCGACUACGUAGAGCCCGUGGACAUAUCCCCCUCUUACUUUUCAGAGUACCUCGACCGCACCUUCCCGAGCAUGAAGCCUUCCGUCAAAGACUACGUCACAAGCAACCUUUACCCUUCGAUAUCGACAAUUCUGCCAGAUUUCCAACGCAGCAGUGGACUGUGGCCUCAUUUCUCACACGAAACCCCUUACUACACCACUCCCACCGCUCGACUCCAACGGCUGAUCGGCGACGCAAUCUACAUUCAACACAACAACGCACUCUCCACGGCCUUUCAAAACAAGACUUAUAAUUACAUGAUGAGCCUCGCUCCUGGAACUCACGGCACUGACAUAUCGUACACGUUCUACAAUGAAGGCAAGGAAGAGAAGUCCGCAGUGCCUGGCCUUCCCAAUGUCAAGAACAGAGAGCUUGCGCAUAUUUUCCAGAAAUACCUAACAAACUUUGUGCUGUACGGGGAUCCUAACGGCAACAAGGACGCCGGACUGCCCAAGAUGAAUCAAAGAGGAGAUGACUUUGUGGUUCUCAAUUUUGGAGAGAAUGGGAUUGAGGAGAUUCGGGAUCCAAGUGCAAAAGAGCAAUGCCUUUGGUGGCAGAAGGGCCUGUUUGCUUGACGGAUACGACUUUGGUCGUGUACAAAAUCUUUCUGAUGACAGCGUAAUAAGUUCCAAACAGCGACAAGCCGUGUUUCUGUACUUGAGUCGCCAAAGAUCCCAAAGAUCCUCCCCUUGAACAAAGGACGCCGGUGACUUGAUGGUCGUCCGGGGGUGAGCGUCGAGUGUGUCCAUUCUGAAAUCGGAUGCCAAAAAGCUAGACCCAGCACCGUUAUAACAACGGGAAAGAAAUGAGCUCGGCCCGUGGCCUAGACCU